AUGCUGGCCGGUUGGAGAGAGCUGUCUACCAGGAUAAUCGCUAUACUUGGCUGUCUUCUCUUCUUCUGGCUCUUGUACUGCCAUCUCCCCAAGGAAGGAAAGGAGCUCGAGGUAGGGACAUGUGAGAUCACAGCCCUGGAUAGAGAUAUGAGCCAUCCCAAAAGGAUGAUUGCCCGACAGACAGCACGGUGUGCCUGUCGAAGAGGACAAGUUGCUGGAACAACGAAAGCAAAACCUGCCUGUGUAGAUGCCCAGAUCAUUGUUAACAAACAGUGGUGUGGGAUGGAGCCCUGUGAUGAAGGAGAGCAAUGCACUUUAUUAAUCAACCAUUCUGGCUGGAGUUGUACUAGGCAACUGGGACGGAUAAAAACAGUCACGGUUUCUUGACAUCAACAGAGCACUGUAAGAGCACCUUCUCCACUUCCUGUGUGCUGAUGGGCAAAGUUCAGAGGUUACCUCAUCAUGAAAAAUGGGACAAUCCACUUUCUCAGCAUGGAUUCAUCCAGACAAAUCAGGGCCCAUCACACCUGUAUUUCCUCUUGUGCCGGCACAUUGGAUGCAGAGGCUACUGAAACAAGCAUCUUUGUGUUGUACAUACGAAAGUAACUUUCCUUCCCUCUCCCCAAAACCUAUUUAUAGUUUAUGUUGCGUAUUUUGACUUGAAAUGCAUUCUUCAGUAGAUUUUAUUUUCCCUCAUGUCAACAGAAGAUUUGCAUCUUGGUACCCAGGAAUCAGCAGACCUUUCAGAUCUGGGGGAAUUAUGGCCACUUUGAGACAUAUGAGUGUAACAGACUGAGGUACUUGCUAAAUGUCUGUGAUGCUGUGCUAUAUUUUUUUAAAAAAACACACAUUUUCUUAGACUUCUUCCUUUCCGUUGUUUCUCCUCCUCUGAUCCCAAGAAGAUGAGAUGGUGCUACGAUAUACAAUUGGAUCUUCACUGCUAUGGUUAUAGAGGGAAGUAUUCAUUAAAAGGACUGGCCAUAUUUCUAUAAGGCACUCCUCACAAAGGAGUAAAAUGA